CCGAGGGCGCGCUCCAGGACGGCGGCGGUGGCGGCGGCGCGCGGGGCCGCCGUGGCGGGAGAAGCGCUUCCGGUGGAGGCGGCGCGGCGCGGAGCGGAGCAGGAGCUGCGAGCGGCGCGGGCGGCGGCCCCCCGGGGGAAGCGCUCUCAGGAAGUCUCGUUGACCCCAACACAACACGUGGAACCACAGUGCUUCUCAACACCUGCCCCUGCCACCCCAGCCGAGCCGUCAGCUCCCACUUGGAUUUCAGCUGCACCCUCCCAGUGCGAGACGAUGUCUGGGGCACUCCCACUCAACAUUAACAUCCACGAGCCUCGAUGGGACCAGAGCACCUUCAUUGGUCGGGCCAAUCACUUCUUCACCGUCACCGAUCCCAGGAACAUUCUGCUCACCAACGAACAACUAGAGAACGCAAGAAAAAUAGUCCACGAUUACAGACAAGGAAUUGUUCCUCCAGGUCUCACGGAAAAUGAGUUAUGGAGAGCGAAGUACGUGUACGACUCGGCGUUUCACCCUGACACCGGGGAGAAGAUGGUGCUGAUCGGCAGGAUGUCGGCCCAGGUGCCCAUGAACAUGACCAUCACGGGCUGCAUGAUGACAUUUUACAGGACUACGCCGGCUGUGCUGUUCUGGCAGUGGAUCAACCAGUCCUUCAACGCCGUGGUCAAUUACACCAACAGGAGUGGAGACGCGCCCCUCACUGUGAACGAAUUGGGAACAGCUUACGUUUCUGCAACGACCGGUGCUGUGGCAACAGCUUUGGGACUUAAUGCACUCACCAAGCACGUGUCACCCCUGAUCGGACGCUUUGUUCCCUUCGCUGCCGUGGCCGCGGCGAACUGCAUUAACAUCCCGUUAAUGAGGCAAAGGGAGCUCAGAGUGGGCAUUCCCGUGACCGACGCAAAUGGGAAGCGCUUGGGUGAGUCGGCAAACGCCGCACAGCAAGCCAUCGCCCAAGUUGUCAUCUCCCGGAUCCUCAUGGCGGCCCCCGGCAUGGCCAUCCCUCCGUUCAUCAUGAACGCCCUGGAGAAGAAAGCCUUCCUGAAGAGGUUCCCGUGGAUGAGCGCGCCUAUUCAGGUUGGAUUAGUCGGCUUUUGCUUGGUGUUUGCGACGCCCCUGUGCUGCGCCCUGUUUCCCCAGAAGAGUUCCAUGUCUGUGAUGAGCCUGGAGGCGGAGCUGCAGGCCCAGAUCCGGGAGGCGCAUCCUGACCUGCGGCGUGUGUACUUUAACAAGGGGUUGUAAAGUCGGGGAGAGAAGCCUCCACGGCUGCUCCUGCCACGUCACUGAAGAAAGCCCCGUCCGACCUGAGUUCUCCCAGGUGCACACGUCCACGUUAGCCCCUUAGAAUCAAGCUGCUAAACUUCUAACUCGGCACCUGUCGGCUCCCUUCUGUUUGACUCAUGUGAUGAUUUACAGAAUAACCUUCCCGUGGCUGUUAUCAAAAUUGUUUUUCAAAGAUGAUAUCCCAGCCCUCACCUAGGACUCCCAGAAACAGCACUGCAAGGCAUAGAGCAGGGGGUUGGGAUAGACUCAGCAAAUAUUUAGUGAUGAUCCAUCCAUGGAAAGGGAAUCUUUAAAAUACCGAAUGUUCAUCCCGUUCCUGUUUGCAGUCCAGGGAAUCUCAGCAUUGAAUUGGGAAGAUAAAAAAGCCUUGAGGCUAACCUGAGAAAACUUGGCCUUAAACAGCAACGGCGGUUGGCUUCCAAGUGUGGGGAGUGGGCAGGCCCCUAGAUGAUGAGGCCUGGGGGUUCAUUGUGCAAAUGAUGCCAUCGAUGGGAAAGCCAGCUGCACCCCGGUGUCAGCCGCCAUCCCCGCUGGCACCGGAGCGUCUGUGGGGGCUGUCGUGGAUGUCCCUGGCCAGCUUCUGUCUAGUGUCCUGCGUCCUUCGGAAGCUGUUCAUCUCACUGUGCUGCUGUUUCCUUCCCUAGUCAGAUUCCCGUGGGACAGCUGAGUAGCUGAAUCGCACCCAUGCCAGCGUUGAAGUGCAGCUCACACCAGCGCUCCGUGGUCAGGGCUCACGCUGCCUUGCUGGGUUUUUUUCUUUUCUUUUUCUUUUUCUUUUUGUUCAAGUGAGACCCCGGUUGCAGCUGCCAGUGUAUCUUUUCUCCUAGGUACGUGACUCUGAGAAAGAUACUGAGAUAAGCUGUGUGUGAGUCGGUAAAGGAAUGCUGUGUAUCACGCCCCGCCCUGCCCCGCUCGGAAAUAAUGGAACCACGGAGCACAUGGCAGCAUGGGUGGUGACCUCACACAAAUAACGGAUAUGGGGCCGCCAGGGGUAGAUGUGCAACAUCCCAGGAGAGGCGGUCUCCACCGAGAUCCCUGUAAUUCCGAGACCCUAAGUGAAAAGCAUCGCUAGAAACUGCUCAGCCUUGACCGUGUGCCCAGGCGAAACUCUCAUAAACAGAGCGUGCGUGCCUUGUGUCUCUGCUUCCUCUUUUCUCAGAAGGGAUGAGUACAUCUGAAGCUGUACCCCACCCCACCCCAGGGUCUUCUCACCCAGGUCUGUCUGUCAGUGUGGAGUGGCUUCCCCAUGACGCUAUGCCCUGGGGAUGUCUCUCAGGUGGUCUAGGCUGACCUCCAAGGCGGGGCUGCAGGUCUGUGCAGGGUGCAGUCCCUGGGGGUCUGGCCCACAGCGCCAGCCACAGCAGAGCCCUCGCCCCCACUCACUCUGCACUGAACCCUAAGUGAAAGUGGGAUGAUGAUGGGUCAGAGGACAGGGGGACGCACCAGACGCCAGGAAGAGGCGGCCACACACAGUCCCGAGAGGCGCAGGGACCUUGUGUGCAGGUGUAUCUUUUUAAACAUUGUCUGUUGAAGCUUCAGACUCUUCCUGCUUUUCUAUAGAAAUAUUAACUGUAUAGUUUAAUCAUUGUUUAUAAAAAAAAGAAAACAGAACAAAAGAAGCAAGGUUGGCAGUCUUUUAACCAUUUAGAAAUUUAGCUUUUCUGGAGGGGGCAAAAUAAAAAGCCACACGAAGUGCAAUAAGCUGGCAAAGAUAAAUAGUGAUUGCUACUCCUGGUGACGUGAUACAAAGGAUUAUGAUGGAAUUCCUCACUGGCAGUCUUGAUUUCAGUAUUAGCCCAGCGUCUUGCCAGUGUUGAAGUCGAUGUGUUAUUUCAUUUCAACUGGAUGAAAUGUUAAAUAAACUUGGAAUGAAAAUAAA